GUAUCUGAAGAACUUGACGGAAGCCAAAGACUUUGGAGUGAAGAAAAGCCUGGUCAGCGGUGUGGGUCUGGGUCUGGCAUGGUGCAUUAUGUUCUGUAACUGGGCACUGGGGUUCUGGUACGGCGGGAUGCUGGUUAGGCAUGGAGACUAUGAGGUGAAGGAUAUGAUGACGGUGUUCUUCGCAUCUCUAAUUGCUUACGUCUCUGUCGGCCUGGCGUCAACGUCCGUGAAAACGAUAAGCACCGGACUGUCAUCAGCCUACAACGUCUAUGUUGUUCUCGACAGGGAGCCACAGAUUGAUGGAGCUUCUCGCGUGGGCCUGAAGCCGGCGUCACUGACAGGCACCAUACGUUUCAAGAAGGUCCACUUCAACUACCCAUCCAGACCCUCGGUGAAGGUUCUACGUGGCCUUGACCUGAUCGUCAAGCCGGGUCAAACAGUGGCCCUUGUGGGUCCCAGCGGCUGUGGCAAGAGCACUGUGAUGCAGCUGUUGCUCCGCUUCUACGAUCCGGACCAGGGAGAGGUGUGUAUCGAUGGCGUGGAUGUUCGUGACAUCAACAUCCGGUGGUUGCGUCAGCACCUGGGCAUGGUGAGCCAGGAGCCGGUUCUGUUCGCCACCUCCAUCUCGGAGAACAUCCGGUACGGGCGGGAGGACGCCACCAUGGAGGAGAUCAUAGAGGCAGCCAAGAAGGCCAACGCCUUCGACUUCAUCAUGAAGAUGCCUAACAAAUUUGACACUCAUGUUGGGGAGAGAGGCGCACAGCUUAGUGGUGGUCAGAAGCAGCGGCUGGCCAUUGCUCGAGCCCUGGUGAAGAAUCCCAAAAUCUUGUUGCUUGACGAAGCCACGUCCGCGCUAGAUGCAGAGAGCGAGGCGGUUGUGCAGAUUGCUCUAGAUAAAGCUCGAGAAGGGAGGACAACUCUCCUGAUAGCCCAUCGUCUGUCCACGGUCCGAAAUGCUGACGUCAUUGUGACAUUUGAGAAAGGUCGAGUGGCAGAACAAGGCACCCAUGACGAGCUGAUGGCAAAGAAAGGCAUCUAUUAUCACUUGGCAUCAGAACAGGUGACAUGUGAACCUCCCACAGAUGAGGGAACCACAGACAGCGAAAGCGACGGAACCUUCUAUAAGGAUGUGGCUGAACGAAAGAAGAAAAUGGCACAAAAGCUCGCUGACCACAACAGUAAUAUCUUGGUGCAUGAGUCAGAAGAGGCCCCUGAGGUAUACCCAGUCUUACAGGAGCCAGUAAUACGUCUUUUGAAGAUGAACGCCCCAGAAUGGUACUGCAUCCUCAUUGGCUGCGUUGCUGGUUUUAUAAACGGCGCCGUGCAACCUGCUUGGGGAAUCGUUUUCGCUGAGGUUACCAGGGGUUGGAAUUUUGUCCAAAUAUGUCUUGAUCCCACGCAAUCGAUGCUAUGGGCGUUAAACCCAUACAAUUUAACCAGUUUCACCAAAGACUAUCUCCUGUGUUUUCACUCACGAUGCUCUCCCCUUCAGGCGCUUUCGGAGGACACAGACAGUGAACAGAAAGACACAAUCCGAGACUGCUGUAUCUACAGCGUGUGUAUCGCGGUCGUCUCUUUCUUUGCCUACUUGGGUCAGGAGUACAUGUUUGGUUUGUCAGGCGAAGCUCUUACCAUGCGGGUGAGGGAUCUCCUGUUCAGGAGUAUCAUCGGUCAGAAUAUGGCUUUCUUUGAUGACAAACGUCACGAAACAGGAGCUCUUAGUUUGCAGCUUUCAGAGGACGCUUCUGUUGUUCAAGGGACUCUGAAGACACUGGUUGGCUGUGCGUUCUUGACUUUGGGCAACCUCGGAGUUGGCUUGGUCAUCAGUCUCAUCUACAGUUGGCAGCUGGCUCUGGCUCUUGUCGGGUUUGUUCCCGUGCUGGUCGUCUCCGGUAUGUUAACGGUGAAGUAUAUCAGUGGCGCUGCAAACGAGAAUAAAAUAGCCAUGGAAGAUGCAAGCAAGAACGCCAUGGCAAGCAUCGACAACGUGAAAACCGUUGCUUCAUUAACGUUAGAGGACACGCUCUACAACCAAUUCAGCCAAAGUCUCUGGGGUCCUUACAAGACCAAUAUCAAAAACUCUCUUCGGGCUAGUUUUGCCUUUGGAGUCUCCCAAGGGGUCUACUACCUGACAUUUUCCGUUUGUUUCUACUACGGUGCACAGCUGCUGGAAGAUGAUGACAUCGAUUACUACGACAUAUUCAAAGUUUUCACCUGCAUUGUCAUGGGUGCCAUGCAGCUGGGUCGGAGCGUGGCGUUUGCGCCAGAUGCGUCAAGAGCUAGAAGGGCAGCAGGAAGGAUCUUCGGCUUGGCAGACUAUCAGACAUCUAUAAAUCCGUACUCCGACGAUGGAGAGAAACCAGCAGAGGGUUCCUUCAGCAGUGUUGUACGCUUCUCUCACGCGCAAUUCCGCUAUCCAACACGACCGGAAGUAACAAUCCUAAAUGGCCUUGACCUCAGUGUACAACCAGGACAGACCUUGGCCUUGGUCGGCGAGAGCGGCUGUGGCAAAAGCACUGCUAUUCACCUGAUGGAGAGAUUUUAUGACUUAGAAGCGGGAACUGUGUUUCUGGAUAAGCACAAUGUCAAAGAAUUAAACGUGCAGUGGCUGCGAAGACAGAUUGGCCUGGUCUCACAAGAACCCAUCCUGUUUGACACCUCUAUAGAGGAGAAUAUCGCAUACGGUGACAACUCCAGGAAGGUCUCCAUGGACGAAAUCAUACGAGCCGCCCGGGAAGCCAAUAUACACAACUUUAUAGAGGCUUUGCCACAAGGUUACAACACAAACGUCGGAUCAAAGGGCACGCAACUCAGUGGAGGCCAGAAACAAAGAAUUGCCAUCGCCAGAGCCUUGGUCAGAAACCCCAAGAUCUUGUUACUUGAUGAGGCCACGUCAGCGCUGGACACAGACAGCGAGAAGAUUGUACAAGAAGCCUUAGAUAAAGCGCGUGCAGGACGUACGUGCAUCACAAUUGCCCACCGGCUGAGCACCAUCAAAGACGCAGACAAGAUAGCUGUGAUUGAGGCCGGAAGGGUCAUGGAGCAGGGCAACCAUCAUCAGCUGAUGGCACUCAAAGGGCUUUACUACAGACUACGAAGUACCCAAAGCAAAAAAUAAAUGCAUGCACUUUUUAAAACACUCACGGCUUCGCUCUAUAUCGUUAGGAGUCAAACAGUUUGUUUAUCUCUUUCCAAACAUUAUUUGUUACAGACCUCAGGGACUGAGGGACUUCAAAUAAGUUCUGAUCUGUGCUGUCUUUGUAUUAAAGUUAAGUUGUUGAAGACAGCCCACGGAUGUUUCAAUUUACUAUUAACCAUUCUUCUCUGCAAAAGCUGCUAAUCUCCUUAGAACGAAUCAUCGUAGUCAUAAUAACAACGCUUUAUAGUCCAGUGCUUCGAUUAUGUAACUCUAACCAUUUUUUUUUAAAGUUCUGGUUUAGUUUACCGGAAUGGAAUAUUUGUAGAAAAUACACAACCCGCAUCAUUAGUGACGCAAAAUAUCAAUACUAUUUUAGAAUCGUGUUUUAUCAAUUUGACACAAAGAAUGUUCAGAUUCCACAGCUUUCAUUUAAAAUGCUGUAAAUGAAAAUGUUUCAUCCAAAUACCUUUUCAGAAUACGAAGAAUUAUAUAAACACCGUCCCCAUUGUGUAACAGGUGAAAUAACAUUAGUACAGAAAAGGUCAGAGGUUGGGGUGUAAGAAUUUUUCCCAAAACAUAAUAAUAGAUAAGAAUGAAUUAUGAAUAGAGCUACCUUCAUAAAAUUUUUAUGAAAACUGUUCCUUCUGCCUGACUUCUUUCUUGCUAUUUUGAAAUUUGAGCGUGCUGUGAGAAAACAGCAACAACAGCAACAAAAAAACAACAACAACAACAACAACAACAACAACAACAACAACAACAACAACAACAACAACAACAACAACAACAACAACAACAACCAAACCCCAAAAAAUCCACAGAACUAAAUCCGAAUGAUAACAAAUGAUGGGCUAUUGAAAUCCGCUAGGAAGAACACCGUAACCCUAUGGGGCUGCACCAGAAAUCUCAAAAUGAGGCUUGAUAGAAAGUUUCUAAUACAGAAAUAAUGAGUUUCCUUGUACACCAAGUGUCAAGCUAAUAACUUAGAAACAUGAAUGAUGAUAGUUCCUGUUUCUUUUUGAUUUUGGAAACUUAAGUACCUCAGAAAUACUAUGUUACAAAUGUUAUUGUCAAAAACAAAUUGAAUAAACACCGAAAUUUGUACA